AUGUUUUUAUUCAACAAGUUAAAUUUAUUUCUAUUUUUAUUCUUGAUCUUGAUUAUUGAAAUAUCCGGUAUUUCUCACAAUCGGCCAAAAUUAUCUUUUGAUGCAUUAUGGAAUGAAAAUGGAACAACGAUUCUUAAUGAAACUCUAAUUGGAUCUGAUCCUUUAGAUUUCUUCAUUGAUCAAAAUAAUACAGUCUAUAUUCCAAAUCGACAUACAGGAGACAUUCUUCUCUUUUCACAAGGAAAUUUAACACAAACAAUUCGUUUGAAUUUAACAAAUUCAUCAACAAUAUUUGUACAAAAUAUUGAUGAGAUUUAUUUGGAUACAUUUUAUUUAAUUCAAACGGGGGGGGGGGUGAUUAGUAAAAUAACGUCAAAUUUAACAAUUUAUCCAAUAUCAAGAAUGAAUUUAUGUCAUCAAUGUUUUGAUAUAUUUAUUCAUAAUAAUGAUCUACUUUAUUGCUCAUUUACCGAACGACAUCAAAUUAUUGCCAAAUCAUUAAUUCAUCCUUCUUAUCCAUUAGUCAUGGUUGCAGGAACAGGUCAACCUGGUUCAACAUCAACAACACUUCGAUAUCCUCAUGGAAUAUUUAUUGAUAAUUCAACAUCUGAUUUAUAUGUUGCUGAUUGUGAAAAUAAUCGAAUACAAAAAUUUGAAUUUGGAAAACUGAUUGGAAUAACAAUUGUUGGAAAUCAAUCUUUAUCGAAUUUUACUUUCGAUUUAAAUUGUCCAACUUCGAUUAUUUUAGAUUUUGAUGGGAAUUUCUUUGUUGUUGAUUCUGGAAAUCAUCGAAUGAUUCGACAAGGAAGAAAUGGAUUUGAUUGUUUUGUUAAUUGUGAUAGAACAUCAGGUUCAAGUUCAAGUCAAUUAAAUUCACCUUGGACAUUAAAUUUUGAUAAUGAAGGAAAUCUUUAUGUUAUUGAUCGAAGAAAUAAUCGGAUGCAAAAGUUUAAAUUAAUUCAUUCGGGAUAUUGGACAACAACAGGGAAUACGAAUGUUGUACGAUGUUGGCAUACAGCUUCGAUAUUAUCCAAUGGAAACGUAUUAGUUACUGGUGGAGACGAUGGUGGUAGUGCUCACUCCAGCACUGAAUUAUAUGAUCCAUCAACAGGUAUUUGGAUACUGACAGGAAGUAUGAAUGUUCCACGACGAUAUCAUGUAGCAUCGCUAUUAUUUAAUGGAUCGGUAUUAGUUACUGGUGGAUCUAAUGGUUUUUCGUAUGUCAGCAGUACUGAAUUAUAUGAUCCAUCGACAGGUAUUUGGACACUGACAGGAAGUAUGAAUGCUGUACGACAUGCUCAUACAGCAUCUCUAUUACUCAACGGAACAAUAUUAGUUACAGGUGGUUGGAAUAGUGGUCCUCUCAAUAGUGCUGAACUAUAUGAUCCAUCAACAGGUAUUUGGACACCGACAGGAAAUAUGAAUGUUGCACGAUCUGGUCAUACAGCAUCGACACUAUCAAAUGGAACAAUAUUAGUUAUCAGUGGCAGCAGUGUUGAACUAUAUGAUCCAUCAGCAGGUAUUUGGACACUGACAGGAAGUAUGAAUGCUGCACGAUCUGGUCAUACAGCAUCAGUAUUAUCCAAUGGAAAAGUAUUAGUUACUGGUGGAGUCAAUAGUGGUGAUGUUCUCAAUAGUUCUGAAUUAUAUGAUCCAUCAACAGGUAUUUGGACACUGACAGGAAGUAUGAAUGCUGCACGAUCUGGUCAUACAGCAUCAGUAUUAUCCAAUGGAAAAGUAUUAGUUACCGGUGGAGACAAUAGUGGUAAUGUUCUCAAUAGUUCUGAAUUAUAUGAUCCACCAACAGGUAUUUGGACACUGACAGGAAAUAUGAAUUUUCUUCGACGAUCAUACACAACAUCGAUAUUAUCCAAUGGAAAAAUAUUAGUUACCGGUGGAUAUGAUGGUAAUUGUCACAAGAAUGCUGGAUUAUAUUGA